AAGAGAUUGCGGAAAAUUGAAUAUCGCCGCAGCCGAAGCCCAGUACGGAAACGAAAUCGGAGAGUAGUGUCGUCUUUGUCUUCAUCGUCUCAGUCGUCGGAGUCCUCUCUGUCAUCUAGAUCAAGGACUCCCCCUGGUUCGAGUAUCAUGGAUCGGUCCGGGGGCCACACUUCAAAUUGCACGGUUUCACCGAUUUGUUUACCUUCGGCUGUGUACUUACGUAUUUUGCCGGGUAUCGAUGAGAGUACCUUUUUGGUUUUUUGGCUGGAUGAUAAGGUAUCAAUGAGCAUACCUUCCGUUUAUCCCGCUCUUCACAGUUUCUGGUCAAGUGGAAUAAAAAUGUUGUUUCUUCCAGGGCAAGGAGACGCCCCUCCUCCUGGUGUCGAGCUCUCAGAAGAUGUCGUCGAAAUUCUGGUCACACCUGAUACCAACACAUUCAUUUAUGGGCCGAAUUUACACAAAGAUUUAGUUUCCCGUUGGCAAAAAGCUGUGGCCGCGGGGUUGUCUGAAGAGGACAAAAAGGAACUUUGCAACAAACCAUAAAACCAAAGCCGGCAAAAUCGAUUCGUAAGAAUCGCAGUUGGCAAUGAAUCCAACCUCUGAGGU